GAGUUCUCGGGUGCGCUGCCCGCGCUCCGCCGGCACCGGGCCGGUGUCCCCGCACAGCCCCAGCGCGGCCGUGCCUUGCGGGCAGGGGACGGAGCGCCGGCCGUGCCGCAGCUCUCCCGGGGGCUCACUCCCGCCUGGGGCUCCAGGGCAGCGUCCCGGCCCCGCGCCGGGUGCGGUCCCCACGCUGCCCCGAGCGCCGAGGCGCCCCCGCGGGGCAGGGGAGCCGGCAUCGCCCCGCGGGGCCUGGGCGAGGCGCAGGGGCUGCCCGGCCCGGCCCUGCCCUGCCCGCCGGUGGCGCGGCCCCAGCCUUGCGUAGUGCGGGGAGGCACCGCCGAGCCCGGGGAAACCCCUUCUCGCCGGCCGGAGGGCUCCGCGCUGGGCAGUGCGGCCGGCAGGGGGCGCCCGCUCGGGUCCCGGUGCGGUCCCGGUGCCGUCCCGCCGCCUCGGGGGGCGCCCUGCGCCCCGGCCCCGCGCCCGCCGCCAUCUUCCCGCGCAGCGCCGCCGCCAUGGCCAGCGGCUCGUACCACAUCUCCAGCCUCCUGGAGAAGAUGACCUCCACCGACAAGGACUUCAGGUUUAUGGCCACCAACGACCUGAUGGUGGAACUGCAGAAAGAUUCCAUAAAACUGGACGAAGACAGCGAGAAAAAGGUUGUGAAAAUGCUUUUGAAAUUGCUGGAGGACAAAAACGGGGAGGUCCAGAACCUCGCUGUCAAGUGCCUGGGCCCGCUGGUUGGCAAAGUGAAGGAGUACCAGGUGGAAACUAUCGUGGAUACGCUGUGCACAAACAUGUUAUCCGACAAGGAACAGCUGCGGGAUAUCUCCAGCAUCGGACUGAAAACAGUCAUCGCCGAGCUGCCACCAGCAUCUACAGGUGCCACUAUGACAGCGAAUGUGUGCAAAAAGAUCACAGCCCAGCUGACAGGAGCUGUUGGCAAGCAGGAGGAUGUGUCUGUGCAGCUGGAGGCCCUGGACAUCCUGUCAGAUAUGCUGAGCAGACUAGGGGGGACACUCUACUCUUUCCAUUCCUCCAUUCUGAACUGCCUCCUUCCCCAGCUGACAAGCCCCAGGCUGGCAGUACGUAAAAGGGCCAUCAUUGCCUUGGGUCACCUUGUCUUGACCUGCAGUGGAAACAUCUUCUCAGAGCUCAUGGAGCAUCUGCUUGCUGAGCUGAAGAGGAAUGAGUCCACCUCUACUACCAGGACGUACAUUCAGUGUGUCGCUGGCAUCAGUAGGCAGGCUGGACACCGCAUAGGAGAACAUCUGGAGAAGAUAAUCCCUCUGGUUGUCCAGUACUGUAACGUGGAGGAUGACGAGCUGCGAGAGUACUGCUUUCAGGCCUUCGAGUCUUUUGUGAGAAGGUGCCCAAAGGAAAUGGACCGUCACAUCCCUAGUGUCAUGGGCUUAUGUUUGAAGUACAUCACCUUUGACCCGAACUACAACUACGACAAUGAUGAGGAAGAGAUGAUGGAAACGGAAAACGGGGAGGAUGAAGAGCAAGAAAGCGAUGACGAGUACAGCGACGACGACGACAUCAGCUGGAAAGUGCGCAGGUCUGCGGCGAAGUGCCUGGAGGCCAUCGUCAGCAGCAGGCACGACCUCCUGCAGGACUUCUACAAAACUCUGUCCCCAGUCUUGAUAAGCAGAUUCAAAGAGAGGGAGGAGAACGUCAAAGCUGACAUCUUCAGCGCUUACAUCUCCCUGCUGAAGCAAACACUGCCCAUCCAGAGCUGGCUCCACACUUCGGAUGCCACGGGCAAAGAUGACGUUCCCCUGACGAUGCUUCAGAACCAGGUCCCCAGCAUCAUCAAGGCCUUGCACAAGCAGCUGAAGGACAAGAGCAUGAAAUCCCGGCAGGGCUGUUUCAGCCUCCUGACCGAGCUGGCCAACGUCCUUCCCGGCUGCCUGGCGGAGCACGUCCCUGCGCUGGUCCCCGGUAUUGUGUUCUCCUUGGCCGACAAAUCCAGCUCGUCCAACAUGAGGAUUGACACACUGUCUUUCCUUCACGUCCUCCUGUGCAACCACGAGCCGGAGGUGUUUCAUCCUCACAUCAAGACGCUGCUGCCUCCCGUGGUGGCCUGUAUCGGAGACCCCUUCUACAAGAUCACCUCAGAAGCUCUGCUGGUCACGCAGCAGCUGGUGAAAGUGAUCAGGCCUUUAGACAAACCGUGCGCGUUGGACGCCAAGCCCUACGUGAAGGACCUUUUCCCCGGCACGCUGAAGCGACUGAAGGCCGCCGACAUCGACCAGGAGGUGAAGGAGCGUGCCAUCUCCUGCAUGGGACAGAUCAUCUACAGCCUGGGAGACCACCUGAGCACCGACCUCCAGCCAACCCUGAAGAUAUUUCUGGAGAGGCUCAAAAACGAAAUCACCAGAUUGACAACGGUCAAAGCAUUAACUUUGAUUGCUAGUUCUCCACUGAAAAUAGAUUUGAGACCCAUUCUAGGGGAAGGCUUCCCCAUUCUGGCUUCCUUCUUGAGAAAGAACCAACGGGCCUUGAAGCUGAGCACUCUGACUGCUCUGGACACCCUGGUGAAGAACUACAGGGACAGCCUCAAGCCGCCCAUGAUCGAGUCUGUGCUCACGGAGCUCCCCGCGCUCAUUACCGAGAACGACAUGCACGUUUCCCAGGUGGCCAUCGCGUUCCUUACGACGUUAGCUGAGGUUUAUCCGUCCUGCAUCUCCAAGAUCAGCGGUUCCGUUCUGGCCGAGAUCCUGCAGCUGGUGCACUCGCCGCUGCUGCAGGGCGGAGCGCUGGGCGCCAUCACCGCCUUCUUCCAGGCGCUGGUGCUCACCAAGGCGGCCGGCGCGGGCCGCGCGGAGCUGAUGAAGCAGCUGACUGCGCCCGUUUACUGCUCCGGCGCCGCGGGGGGGACCGUGACAUUGCACAAACAGGCGUAUUACUCCAUCGCAAAGUGCGUGGCAGCGCUUUCCUCGGCCUGCCCCAAGGAAGCCCCUGCGACCGUCACCCAGUUUAUCCAGGACGUCAAAAGCCCCAAGUCCAGCUCUGCGGUCAAGGUGCUGGCUUUCCUUUCGCUGGCAGAGAUGGGCCGCACCACGAACCUCAGCGCGCAGAGAGAGCUCAAAACCGUCAUCCUGGAAGCGUUCGCUUCCCCCAGCGAAGAGGUGAAAUCCGCUGCGUCCUACGCGCUGGGGAACAUCAGCGUGGGGAACCUGCAGGAGUAUCUGCCCUUCAUGCUGCGGGAGAUCGGCAGCCAGCCCAAGCGGCAGUACCUGCUGCUGCACUCGCUGAAGGAAGUCAUCAGCUCCGCCCCGGCCGACGGCCUCAAGCCGCACGUGGAGGACAUCUGGGCUCUGCUUUUCAAGCACUGCGAGUGCGCAGAGGAGGGGACGCGCAACGUGGUGGCCGAGUGCCUGGGGAAGCUGACGCUGGUGAACCCCGCCGAGCUGCUGCCCCGGCUGGAGAAGCAGCUCUGCUCCGGCUCUCCGCACGCCCGCAGCACGGUGGUGACCGCCGUCAAGUUCACGAUCGCAGACCAGCCGCAGCCCAUCGACGCGCUCCUGAAGGGCUGCAUAGGUGACUUCUUAAAAACCCUUCAGGACCCAGACCUGAACGUUCGGCGCGUGGCUUUAGCCUUGUUUAACUCUGCUGCGCACAACAAGCCUUCUUUAAUCCGAGAUUUACUGGGCGCGGUUCUGCCCAGCCUGUAUAACGAAACGAAGGUCAGGCGGGAGCUCAUCCGGGAGGUAGAAAUGGGGCCAUUCAAGCACACAGUGGAUGACGGCCUGGACGUGAGGAAAGCUGCUUUCGAAUGCAUGUACACGCUGCUGGAAAGCUGCCUGGACCGACUGGACAUCUACGAGUACCUGAACCACGUGGAGGACGGGCUGAAGGACCACUAUGACAUCCGGAUGCUGACGUUCAUCAUGAUGGCCCGGCUCUCCGCACUGUCUCCCAACGCCGUGCUGCAGCGGCUCGAGCGCCUGAUCGAGCCCCUCCGGGCAACCUGCUCCACCAAGGUGAAAGCGGGUUCCGUGAAGCAGGAGUUUGAGAAGCAGGACGAGCUGAAGCGAUCUGCCAUGAGAGCGGUGGCUGCUCUCCUCACCAUCCCCGAAGUGGAGAAGAGCCGCGUGAUGGCCGAGUUCUCCUCUCAGAUCAGAGCCAACCCCGAAAUGGCGUCACUGUUUGAGAGCAUCCAGAAGGAUUCUGCUUCCCUUCCCACCUCGGAGUCCAUGGACAUGAGCUGAGACCUGCCGGUGACGCCGCCACCCCUGCCCUCCGAUGCGUUAACCCAGAGAGACCUGCAGAGCGCCACCGAGCUGGGCUGCGACAGCGGGAGCCACCGCGGCAGGGACGGGGCAGAGCGGCUGCUCCAGCUGCGCUUGCACCAGAGACCCCGAGUCACAAGGAGACGUGUGAGAUGAGGGAAAUGUGUCCUGACGCGGGGGCGGGGUGGGAAAAUGGAGGUUCUGAUUUUCCAGCCAGUCUUUCAGGGGCUUACGAAGCAAUCUGAAUUGAGAGUGGUUCCGUGGUAAUGGAACCCGCUGCCUGAAAUAUUUCCUUACUGCAUAGAAGGAAAAAUAGUUUAAAACCUUUUUUUAAAACUACUGCACAUGCACUUUCUACCCCAAAUUGCCUGAAGAAUAUAUUUAUACCGUUUCACUAAGUAACAUGGCUGAAAACCAGAAGUCACGUCCUUGGUUGGUGAUGAGCAUCACAAGCACAGACCCGUUUCAAAACCAGACUUGAGGAGCCAAGUGGCCGGAGCCGCUGGGGGCAGCUCUUCCCCCCUCCCGCUGGGGCUCCAUUCACCCCAGCUCGGGGUCCUUGCUGCGCUGGGGCCGCGGGAAGCUCCCGCCUUGCGUUUUUAUGGUGUUAACUGCAGCGUACCUCAGCCAGCCAUCUCCCAAAAGCCAGUUACUCAUUGCGGUACAGUCCAGACCUCACGCUGCGCCUCCUGCAUCGAGCGCCGUUUGUGGUCCCCCGGGCGGUUCUGCUGCGACAGGCACGCGCAGCCCGCACAGACCCUGUGCACUUGGGAACUUUGCCUGCGGCGGCUGUUGGGCUCAAACCUCGCUUUGCAUAGGGGAGAAAAAGCCUUAAGAGACAGAGGGGAUGUAACAGCAAGUCACGAGCCCUAGGCCACCACGACACGCUUCUGGUAGCCAUGGCAGCUUCAUUUCUCUGGGUUUGACAGAGUGGUUGAUGUGAAAAGUAUUUAUAUAGUGCCGUGUGGAAGAACAGCCAUUCUGUUUGAGUAGUACAGCAAAUAAAAACGCACUCGUGAA